CUCGUCAGUGCCGCUUGGGAUCCUUUUUGCUUGUCUGCCACGAUACGCAUCAUCUCUAAAACCGCUAACAAUUCCAUUUUCUUCUAUUCCCAAUAUAACCGCUACCACCCCAAUCUCACACCAAGCCAUCCUAGGCUCCUUCCCAAGAAGAACCCCCGUCCCCCCCCCCAAAAAAAAGAAAAACUUAACACUUUUCCAUAAAUCAGCUGACUAUUAUGCGCCAUGGAGCGCACUACACCCUUCCGCCUCUCCUUUGUCCUUCUCCAUCGCCCUCCCUAAACACCUCCGUCGGCACCAGCAGCCACCACCACCACCACUCAAUGCUGGUUUCUGUUUUCUUAGCCCUUUUUCUUCCAUGCGCUGGCAUGAGUAUGGUUUUCAUUGUUUAUAUCUGUCUUUUAUGGUAUGCUACGAACUAUCGGACUGAUAAUUCAGGGUCGUUAGCGGUUAAGCAGGUGGGUGAGAAAGGGUUGUCUGUUUCAGAGCUUGAGAAGCUCCCGAAGGUUACAGGGAAGGAGCUUGUGUUGGGGACUGAGUGUGCGGUUUGUCUCGAUGAGAUUGAGGCUGAUCAACUAGCUAGAAUGGUUCCCGGUUGUAAUCACGGGUUUCAUUUGCAAUGUGCUGAUACUUGGCUUUUGAAGCAUUCGGUUUGUCCUGUUUGUAGGGCCACGCUUGAGCCUAUGUUUUUCGAUCCUUCCGAUGAUAAUCCCUGCUAAAGCCUUAACUUCCUUCAAAAAGAAACAAAGGUUUUCUUUUUAAGAGUAUAAAAGGUCAGUCUUCGAUGUUUGUAUGAAGGAUAAUUUUUCUAGGAAAGAGAAGAUAGAUAUAUGUUCAUCUAAGUUAUUUCACUUUCCUGCAUGUAUGGGUUUUCUCUUUUUUAUUUAUAUUUUGCUGGUCAAAUUCAUUUUCAUUGAUAUUGUACAUGACAUGGGUUUCUGCUGGGUGGGCAAAAGUCCUCCAUACUUGAGGAGCUUGCUUUUUUGCCUUUUUUUUGGUGUGGAAGUUGAAAAAGGAAGAUGAUGAUUCAAAGGGAAAGCAAGAAAAUUUUGAUAUAGAAUAAUUAAAAGUAAAGACACAUGAAUUGGCAUGGGUGCAUACAUGUCAGCACCAACUACUAUUAGUACUUGAGUCAAAACCUAUAGCUUUUAGGAACCGUUUGAUAUAGAUACUUCUUUUUGUUCAUGCUUUGGUGAGUUGGUUGAUCACCCAUUUGAUCAAAAUUCGAUUCUAAAAAACAGCAAAUGUUCUAAACUUGAAGUAUCAGGGGAUAUUCUAGCCGGUGUGUAUGUUCUAAACUUGCAAGCGAAGCGAAGCAUUUACGUCUAUGGACGCCAGCCUGCAUCAAUAUGGUAAUGCCACGUUAAGGGGGACAAAUCCCUUUUAUUGAUUUCAUAUUUUAUAAAGAAUAUUAUGAGAUUACAGAACAGUCCUUGAGGUUCUCCAAAUUUCCCAGAUGGUCCCCCGUGUUUUGUGCGUGAAGAUUGAAGAGUGACUGGUGGCAGGUUGGUGAUGCAUGAAGUAUUGCAAUGGCAGGGCAGCUCACCGACUGCUAAUACUAGCAGUAUCUCACUGUCUCAGCUGUCUAUUUUAUAUACACACGGUUCUUGAGAUUUGUCUCUUUUUAAAAGA